ACUCCCCUCUUUAAAAAGUCAAUUACUUGCGUCUGCUCCCCACCGACUGCCUCCCUCCCUCUCAAUUCCACCCGAAAUCUGCCAUGGCUUCUUCAGCUCCCCCUCUAAAAUUCCCCAACUAUUUACCCUCUUCCACAAAGAAGAGAAGAGAGUUCGUAGAUUUACCAUCGAUUGCCCCGGCCGGCCGGAGUCGGAGGCCAUCGACGGUGGUCGUCGCCGGCAUCAACGGCCACCCCCAGAUCAACGGCUCCGGCGCCCUCCGCGUGGCCUUCCAGGGAGCCCCGGGCGCCUACAGCGAGUUCGCGGCCAAGACGGCGUGCCCGGCCUGCACCACCGUCCCCUGCCGUGCCUUCGCCGACGCGAUAUCCGCCGUGGAGCGCGGCCGCGCCGACCGCGCCAUCCUCCCCGUGGAGAGCACCAUGGAGGGUACCGCCCUCAGGAACUACGACCUCCUCCUCCGCCACGAUCUCCGCAUCGUCCAGGAGAUCAACCUCUUCGUCCAUUACUGCCUCCUCGCGAUGCCGGGCGUCCUCCCCGGCGAGCUCCGUCGCGUCAUCAGCCACCCCAUGGCCCUGGCCCACUGCGGCCGCGCCCUCGCCCAGCUCGGCCUUCGCCGCGAGCCCGUCGAGGACACCGCCGGCGCCGUCGAGAUGCUCCGCUCCAACCACCUGCUCGACACCGCCGCCAUCGCCAGCCCCCGCGCUGCCGUCCUCUACGGCCUCGACGUCCUCGCCCAUGGGCUCCAGGAUGAGUCAUGGAACGUCACCCGCUUCCUCCUCCUGUCGAAGACCACCACCGGACCGCCCCACAAACCCGACGGUGGCGGGGCCGGGCUGAAGACGAGCCUGGUCGUCGCCCACCGUGGCAGCUCCAUGGUGGCGCUGCUGAAAGUCCUCUCGGCGUUCUCGAAACGAAACAUCAAUCUCACCAAGCUGGAGGUGAUCAAUUCGUCGAACGAACGGGAGGCGCCCGUCAUGAUACUGGACGUGAGAGGGAGGGGGUCGCUGAGGGCUUUCCCCCAUGUUUUAUAUGUGGAUUUCGAGGGCUCCAUGGAGGAUUCCAAGGUAAAGGAGGCCAUUGAUGAGAUCUCUUCCUUCUCGGUGUUUGUUCGGAUUCUUGGCUGCUACGCAGCCGAUCCUAAUAUCUAUGAUCUUCAAUAGGAUUCAGACCGAUCAUAUAUUACGUUAUAUUGCGGUGUGUAUCGAUCGAACUGCUUGCGUAUCUUCUGUUUUUGAAGUAAUCAAAGUUUACUUCCAUACAAA